AUGUCCCCUCUAUUCAUCAAUCCGAUCAUCUACCGCCAGCCCUCGGCAACGGCGUUAGUUUCCCCAGAUGGCAGCAGCCUCUCCUAUUAUCAGCUUGACCAGCUGUCUCAUAUCUUGGCAACCCAUUUACUUGAUGCCGAGAUCCAGCCUGGGACUAGCGUCUUGCUAUGUUUCCAAAAGCCGUGGCUUGCGUCACUGGCUAUGUUGGCGGUGAUGAAGCUUGGGGCCACCGCCAUCCACAUGGACCCCAUCCAUCAUGAUACCGACACAUUCCCUCUGCGAGGCGUUUCUAACGGUCCCCGAGAUUUUAUAACCCUGUCUUGUAAAGAUAAUGAAGCGUUUGCUCAUAAGCUGGGUGCUUCCAAGACCAUUGUUAUCGAUACAGAAGACCUUCUUACACGGCAACUUGCGUUUGCAAAGUUCCCAAGCAGCCCUCCUGACGAGUCGACCCCUCAUAGUUCCAUAUUUGAGCCUUCUGGGAAGCUUAAUGUUAUUGAAACUAUUCAGGAUCUUGGCUCCCAGAUUUCAAUCAGUCCGCUGGCAGAUAGCAGUCCAUCCGCAUCGGAAAGCGACACUACCUCGACACACGAUGAUGCAGACGCAUCUUCAACUUAUAUUGAAGACCCCCUUACACAUAUUCUACCCUUUUCACUACUACAAACAAACAUUCCCCAAGAUGAUGUCAUCAACCAAGCCUCGCAGUUACUUAGCGUUGAUCCGUCUUCAGUCGUUGACAUUAUGCCAGCAACGCGUCUGCAGGAGGGUCUGCUUGCGCUUACAUCUGUUGACUCUGCCAAAUACAUUCAAGAUUUCACCUUUGAAAUUGGGUCCCAUGUGCAUCUUGACAAGCUUCAAGCUGCGUGGAGGGAAGUCGCUCGCACACAUCCCAUCUUGAGAACAAGGCUUGUCAGUCUGCCCAUACUAGGGAACCACUGCCUUUUUCAAGUUGUUCUUGACGAACCUAUUAUAUGGGAAGUUCAAGACACAGCUGCUGAGCCUCCAACACAACCCUUGAUGGAAAUGGGCUCCCGGCUUUCCACUUUUACUGUCAAUUCCCAAAGCCGACAGCUUACAUGGACAGCUCACCACGCUGUUUAUGAUGGCUGGUCGAUGCCUCUUUUGCUGGCAAAUGUCGAAAGAGCAUAUCUUGGAGAGCCGUUUGUUCAUUUACAGCCCAUGUCUACAUUCAUGAAAUACCUAGCGGAGCAAGAUGAAGAUGCCGAGAGGCAGUACUGGAAAGAUGCCCUGAGCGAAACUCAUGGUGCUCAUUUUCCUCCCAACAAGGCAAACAAGACAGCACAGCCUGAUCAAGAGAUCUCGCUGCAUAUAAGUGACCUCAAAUGGAAGACCACUGGCUUCACACUCUCGUCUACUCUUCGAGCAGCCUGGGCAAUUGCCGUUGCAAGUGCUACCGGCUCCGAUGAAGCACUAUUUGGCGUUACCGUCACUGGAAGACAGGCCCCUCUGGAUGGGAUCGAUCUUGUAGAAGGCCCUACGAUUGCCACAGUGCCCCUCCGCGUUGGCUUGGACUGGGACAAGUCAAUCCAUCAUCUUCUCUCUGCUGUUCAACUACAAGCAACGGAGAUGAUCCCCUUUGAACAGACUGGUCUGCAGCACAUUGCAAGAUUCACUAAGCAAACUGAAAGUGCUUGCAAUUUCCAAUCUUUACUUGUGGUUCAACCUCCCGUCAGCACUACACAUAGGGAACCAGAAAAGAUGUUCUUGUCUGAAAUGGCAGACGAGAGUACUAGAGGAAACGCAGACUCAUACGCCAUUGUCGUGGAAUGCGAGCAACAAGGCAAUGAAUUGGUGGUUCGAUUUGCCUUUGAUGCAACUCUCAUCACAAAUUCUCAGAUGACUUUUGUUGGUGAGACGUUUGAACAUGCACUGAGAGAGCUAUCGUGCGAUCGUACCAAGCCAUUGCUGCAGACACUGCGAGAUGAGCGAUGGGAUCUUCACCGUGCGUGGGAGUGGAAUGAGACUGUCCCUGAAGCAAGCAACCGCUGCAUUCAUGACAUGAUUGCAGAUAGAGUUCAGACAAAUCCAAACGCUGCUGCUGUAAAUGCCUGGGACGGUGAUUUCACUUAUCGCGAGCUUGACGACCUGUCCACCCGUCUUGCAUUACACAUCAGCGAGCAAGGCGUGGUAGGCAAGCUGAUUCCCCUAUUAUUUGAAAAGUCUAAAUGGAUGCCCAUUGCUGCUCUGGCCGUUAUCAAAGCUGGCGCGGGCUGCAUAGCAAUGGAUGCCACCCAACCACUGAGUCGCCUCCAAAGCAUUGUGUCGCAAUCACAAGCUCCGUUGAUGUUGAUAUCAGCGGCAAAUAUGAAUCUUGCAGAUUCGUUUGCAGGAACCUCCAAAGUGACUGUCAGCUCGGAUGCUAGUUGGCCUUUUACAGAAUCAGCCUCUCACCCUGUGAUUAGCCCGGAUGACGUGGUCUAUGUCAACUUUACGUCUGGCAGCACGGGUAUCCCCAAAGGAGCUGUGAAUACACAUCGUGGAUUUGCAUCGGCAAUCAAACAUCAGCAAGAGUAUCUGGGAUACCGAGAUACAUCGCGCGUCUUUGAUUUCUCGUCGUACGCCUUUGACGUGGUAUGGUGCAACAUGUUGCAUAGUUUCACAUCGGGAGCCUGUCUCUGCAUUCCGUCUCAACAAGAGCGGGAUAAUGACUUGAGCGGAUCUUUGCACAAGUACAAGGCCACUAGUAUUGACCUUACGCCAACAGUUGCGCGAAUGCUCGGCAAAAAGGUUCUGUCCCAGCUGUCGACGCUAAUUCUCGGUGGUGAAGCCGUCUUGCCAGAGGAUGUCAAUCUAGCAGGCAAGAACACGGAGAUUGUUAAUGUCUACGGGCCGGCUGAAUGCUCUGCUACAGCUACCAUGCAGAAGAUUACCAGCAAAGACAUUUCUAUAGGUACAGGUGCUGGCGCUUGUACCUGGGUGAUUGACCCCGAUACCCUGGAGCCGUCUCCGAUAGGAGGCAUUGGUGAGCUUUGGCUAGAAGGGCCGAUAGUCGGGCUUGGAUAUAUCAACAAUGCCGAAAAGACCAAAGAGGCAUUCGUCAAGGAUCCAGCUUGGCUUGCCCGCGGUAUUCCUGGGCGGCCUGGGCGGAAAGGCGUACAAGGACGUACUGGCACGCUUUAUCGCACCGGUGACUUGGUGUAUUAUAAAGACGACGGUACGCUCAUGUUUGUUGGUCGAAAGGAUUUUCAAGUCAAGAUUCGUGGGCAGCGACUUGAACUUGGAGAGGUUGAGCAGCAUUUGCUUAGUCUUUUGCUCGCUGAACUCGAGCCUCGUGUCGUAGCCGAGACAAUUCAGCUACCAGGCGCGAAUAGCAAAACCUUAAUAAGCUUUAUUAGCUUGGGUAACAAGGAAAACGAAACAGAAGCCGAGCACGCCCUUCGAGUAGCAAGCAUCACGGAAGAUCUAAUGAAUCGCUUGACGGCAGCCGUUCCAGCAUACAUGAUACCUACCGUCUUUAUUCCUGUUCUCCAGCUACCCAUUACAGGUACUGGAAAGAUUGAUCGAAAGGCCCUUCAAAAGCUGGGAGUGGCGGAAUAUCAAAAGUACAGAAUGUGUGAGAACGUGGUGCAGCAAGAGGAAGUUCUCAGCAGCACUGAGCAGAUCAUCAAAAAGGUAUGGAUGUCAGUCCUGAACCUCUCUGAUACAGAGCUGGGCGUGACUCGCUCCUUUACAAGAUUGGGCGGUGAUUCCAUUACUGCCAUGCAGAUUGUGUCGCAGUGCAAACUUCACAACAUCGCAUUCACUGUUAGUGAUCUUCUUGAGUCUGCCACGAUUCGGCGGCUAGCAGCACGCUGCUCAACGGUGUCGUCCCAAGAUACCACAGAGAGCAGUGAAACAGAAGAUGAUGAUGGAAACAACAAGCAUGAGCCCUUCCAUUUAUCUCCCAUCCAGCAAGUAUUCUUUGAAACGUAUCCAGAUGGUCUCAACCAUUGGAAUCAGAGCUUUGCCUUGGAACUCACCCGCCAAGUCCCUCCCGCACAUUUACAAGAAGCAUUAACAGCUAUUGUCGAAAGACACGAUAUGUUGCGAUGUAGGUUCCUCAGAGACAGCGAUUCUGGCCAAUGGUCACAAGCAAUCACAAACAAGGCCACGCAAGACUGCUUCACAUUCAUGGUCCAUGUUGUUCAAGAUAGAGCUCGAGUGUCUGAAAUUGGUCAAUUUCGACAAAAAGCACUAGAUUUGCAAAACGGACCCAUAUUUGCAUGUGAUUUGUUCGAUAUUAUUGGAGAGAAUCAAGUCAUGAUACUCUCCUGCCACCAUGCAGUGAUUGAUCUUGUCUCGUGGCGUAUCAUCUGGGGCGAUAUCGAAGACUACAUCACCACUAAGAGUCUGCAGACGCUCCCAACCUGCUCUUUUAGAAAGUGGUGUCGCCAGCAGAGUCGUGUUGGAGCCCAGCUCUCUCCUCUUGAUGUUCUUCCAUAUGCUGUUCCAGAACCCCCAGUUGGUUUUUGGGGCAUCUCGGACGCUGAGAAUACAUCUCUAAACACUACUACUCUUCAUCAGUCAUUCGGCAAAGAUACAACCGCUCUUCUCUUCACUGACUGCAACAAUCUCUUCAAUACGGAACCCAUCGAUAUCAUUGUCGGUGCACUGACGCACUCUUUUGUCAGCGUGUUUCCUGAGCGAACCAUUCCAAUCGUCUGGAUUGAAGGCCAUGGACGCGAACAACCAGAUGGUCUCUCUCUUGAUGUCACAUCCACCGUUGGCUGGUUCACCACUCUCCAUCCCCGUCCAGUUCCUAUUACUCCCGCCGAUUCUUUGCUCCAUGCUAUUCGCCUGGCCAAGGAUCGAAGAAAGCAAAUACCGCAUAACGGGCAGCCGUACUUUUCAUGCCGCUUCAACAACGAGUCCAAACACAAUCCUUUUAAGAGUCAUGGCGACCCUGAAAUCUUGCUCAACUUUGUGGGCCAGUAUCAGCAGCUCGAGGGCGAAGAGGGGCUGUUCCGACGCGCCGAUGAUGUUGAUUUCGCUGAGAUGGCGCCUUCGGCUGUUCGAUCUACCAUGAUUGAGAUAAAUGCUGAAGUGGAAGAGGGACAGUUGGCCACGUCGUUUUGCUUCCACCAAAAGAUGAAGCAUCAGGAUCGUCUAGUACAAUGGGCGGAUGUCUUCCAGCAAAGUAUGCAGACGGCAGCGGAACAGCUACAGCAAUCACGGGUAUCGUUUACGCUGACCGAUCUACCGCUGCUGUCCCUGACAUAUGAUACCUUGGACUUGCUUGUAAGCAACGAGCUGGCCAGUCUGGAUAUUGAUACCCGAAAUGUUGUCGAUAUUUACCCAUGCACCGCAUUACAAAGCGGAAUAUUGCUCAGUACGCAAAGGGAUAAAUCUUUAUACUCGACAAGCUCAGUAUACAAGUGCAUCCCCAAUGUUGGCGAGUCCAUCUGUCCACAGAGGCUCGAGAAUGCAUGGCGAGAAACUGUUAGCCGACACACAUCGCUGCAAACUGUAUUUGGUCUGCAUCCAGAUGGUGACAGUUUUAUCCAAAUUCUGCUAUCCAACGUCAGGCCUCGAACUACAAUCAUCUCAUGCCACGAUGAGGUACCGUCGCAGGUUCUUGAGAGACUAGAGGCGCCCGUCUUUCGUGCAAACGAACCCCAGCAUGCUUUGUUUAUUGCGCAGUCUAGCAACGGCGAGAUUUCUAUGCGUCUUGAUGCAAGCCACAGCCUCAUUGACGCAUCAAGCAUAGCGCUGUUGCUUCAAGAUAUCUGCACUAUCUACGACGCACGUCCGCCGGAUCAAACAAGUCCUUUCUGCGACCUGAUUCGGCACAUUGAAAGCACUGCUAAAUCUCAAAAGCUCGCCGCAUGGGAGAAGCUUCUUAGUGGUGUAAAACCGUGUAUUGUUCGAGACACCACCACCGCCUUACCUGCGCCUUCACCUGAUGCACCCAUCUGUCACGACAGUGUAUCUUUGCCAACCUCUGUCUUUGACAGCGUUCCUCAAUUCUGUCGAGACAUGGGCAUCACAAAGUCUGUUUUGCUCCACGUUGCAUGGGCAAUGGCACUGUCUCAGUUCACAGGAAGCUCCGAUGUCUGCUUUGCAUAUCUUGUUAGUGGCCGUGAUGCUCCUCUUCAGAAUGUCGACGCCAUGGUUGGCCCGUUUGCUAAUUUACUCAUCGGCCGAGUUGAGUUAAAAAAGCCUGCUGCACAGGUGCUGGCUCAGGUAUCCAGCGAUAGCAUUCAACAUAUGCGCAUCCAGCACGUUUCGUUGGCAGAGCUUCAGCAUCGGCUGGGUAUUUCUGGACGCAUGCUCAACACGGCCAUUUCUCUUCGAGGUAGCGAAAAACAGAAGAAUGAAAAAGAUGCUAGCUUCCGCUUUGAAGCUACGGAAGAAGAUGACCCGCAUGAAUUCGAUCUCGACUUGACGGCCAACGUUGACGGAGAUGUUAUGCAUGCAGCUGUAAGCUACAGAACGGGGUUCAUUUCCAGACAGACUGCUGAGGCAUUUGCCGAGACCUUGGCUGAAGCUGUGAGCUGUCUUGUUACAUCUCAGACUACGGUCUCUGAUGCAGCCCCUGACAUUCCUUUAUUUGAUCACUUCUUUGAGCGCAGCUAUGGCGUUCGACAGUCGGCUAUACGAGAAUAUUGGCAGCGUCAAUUGCUGCAGGUGGAAGCUGAGCCCUUUCCAGCUAUUCCCCAAGGUUAUUCACCCGUGCUGAACAGCGAAACUUUGUCUUCACUUCCAUCAAUCAACACAACCCUGUCUUAUAAGCCUGCCACUCUCAUGUCAGCCGCAUGGUUUAUCCUGCAAAGCCAAAUGACAGGCACACAAGACUGUUGUUUCGGUGUACACAAUUCUUUCAUCUCUUCAACACUGCCGGUGCGAUUUACAUUGGGCAAAUCAAUCACUGUAGGGUCUCUCUUGGACACAAUCGAGACAGAGCAGGAUGAACUGGCAUUAUUUCAAAAGACUCCUCUCUGGUUCAUUCAAUCCAUUAGCCCAGAUGCGUCCCAAGCAACCUCUUUUAGAGUCAUUCUCAGGGAAUCUGGGUCUCACGAACAGGCAAAGCAGUCUCAUCAGUCACCCGCUUUGGCUAUUGAAUAUCAAAAUGUGCAUGGCGCGCUAGAUUUCAAGAUUCGAUAUGAUGACAGCGUUAUAACUGGUGUCCAAGCUCAACGUCUGGCUGCUCUCCUUCAGCACCUUGUCCACCAGCUUCUUCAAAGCAGUUCACACCAGCACCUUGUUGCGUCGCUGGAGACUCUAUCCCAAGGCGACAUGGACGAUAUAUGGUCUUGGAAUGGCACACUACCAACUGCCAAACCUGCAUGCCUGCAUACUCUCAUUUCUGACAUGGCUCAUACCCAGCCAGACGCACACGCUGUAAAUGGAUGGGAUGGCAACCUUACAUAUCAGGAGCUAGACGACUUGUCCUCUACACUGGCCGCACAGCUGCAGGAGAGAGGUGUCUGCAAAGGACUUAUUGUCCCUUUGAUCUUUGAGAAAUCAAUAUGGACACCUGUCGCUGCCCUUGCAGUCAUCAAGACAGGAGCUGCGGUUGUUGCAACCGAUCCCACGACGCAGCCUAGAGAGAGGCUUUGCACAAUUCUAGCCCAGACAGACGCCAGGAUCUGCCUCUCAUCGCACUCACAAGCUUCUGUAGCACAAGCUAUAUGUCAAGAAGUUGUACUUGUUGGCUCGGAUCUCAUUAGUCACUCUCCCAGUAGCUUCGUUCCUCCCAACAUUCAUCCCGAUGACCUCCUCUACAUCAACUUUACCUCUGGGUCGACUGGGGUUCCCAAAGGCGCCAUGAUUUCUCACAGCAACUUUGCUUCAGCCAUCUUUUACCAGCGAGAUGUCCUCGGAUAUUUCAAAGAGGCCCGGGUGCUGGACUUUGCAUCGUACGCCUUUGACGUGUGGUGGUCCAACCUGUUCAACACGCUAACUGUAGGCGGAUGCCUGUGCACUCCGUCCGCAGAAGAGAGACAAAACGAGCUGGCUACCAUUAUUGAGAAGUACGAUGUCACUCUAGCGGACAUUACGCCUACUACUGCUCGCCUAAUUCCUGACCUUGGCCGCCUAUCUUCUCUCCUACUAGGCGGAGAGGUUGUGUUAGGAAGCGACGCAGCCUUGGCUUCGUCGAAGACAUAUGUGACCAACUCUUAUGGUCCUGCAGAAUGUACUCCAGUGUCCACAGCCAUCGACAUGGCUUUGAACGAGCCCGGCAUUGGCCGCGGAUACGGAGCCUGCACAUGGAUCGUAGAUGCCGAAGAUCCAACCAAGCUGGCGCCCAUUGGAGCUCCUGGUGAGCUUUGGUUGGAAGGCCCAAUUGUAGGCUUGGGAUAUCUCGCCGAUGCAGAAAAGACUGCAAACUCAUUCGUCGAUGGCCCCGUCUGGCUCACCAGCGGAAGUGGCCAUGUCCCUGGACGAACUGGCCGCCUCUAUCGCACUGGUGAUCUCGUGCGCUACAGCGACACAGGGUCUAUCCUCUUUCUUGGCCGCAAAGACACUCAAGUCAAGCUCCGUGGUCAGCGCAUCGAGCUGGAAGAAAUUGAACAUGCUGUCUGCAAAGCUCUUAAGACGGUGACUGGUUCUCAACCACAGGUUGUCGCGGAAGUGAUUGAGCGAAAGGAUUCUGGGAACAAGUUACUGGUGACAUUCGUCUCCCUGGAUUCGAAUCCCACAGGCUUAAGCACAGACGAAUACCACGACCAGCGCGUGAAGACAGCCACAAGUGGCCUGCAGGACAAGUUGAAAGACUUGCUGCCUAUUUACGCAGUGCCCUCCAUCUUCGUUCCUACGCGGGUUAUUCCUCUUACGCCGACCAACAAGGUCGACCGCCGCAAGCUUCGAUCAAUGGCAGCACAGCUAUCGUCCGAGGAAAUUACACUACUGAGUCGCGUUGACGGUGUGACUAUUGAGCCGCGGACAGACGAGGAGACAAUGCUUCGAAAGAUGUGGGCGCAGGCGCUGCGCAUAGAUGAGACGAGUAUUAGCGUUGAUGACGGAUUUUUCCGAGUUGGAGGCGAUUCCAUUGGUGCAAUGAAGCUUGUUGCGCUGGCGAGGAAGAAGGGAAUAACGUGUUUGACUGUUAAAGAUGUCUUUUUGCAUCCUGUUUUGCAGGAUAUGGCGUUGCUGUGCAUUUGA